GCUGCCGCCAUGGACCUGCUGUUCGGGCGCCGGAAGACGCCGGAGGAGCUGCUGCGGCAGAACCAGCGGGCGCUGGCCCGCGCCAUGCGGGAGCUCGACCGCGAGCGCCAGAAGCUCGAGGCGCAGGAGAAGAAGAUCAUCGUUGACAUCAAGAAGAUGGCCAAGCAGGGCCAGAUGGACGCGGUGAAGAUUAUGGCGAAGGACCUGGUGCGGACGCGACGCUACGUGAAGAAGUUCAUCACCAUGAGGGCCAAUGUCCAGGCCGUGUCCCUCAAGAUCCAGACCCUCAAGUCCAACAACUCCAUGGCCCAGGCCAUGAAGGGCGUCACCAAGGCCAUGGCCACCAUGAACCGGCAGCUGAAGCUGCCACAGAUCCAGAAGAUCAUGAUGGAGUUUGAGAAGCAGGCGGAGAUUAUGGACAUGAAAGAGGAGCUGAUGAACGAUGCCAUCGAUGACGCCAUGGGGGAUGAGGACGAUGAGGAGGAGAGCGCCCGCGCCGAUUUUGGGUCUGUUGGCUGGAUUUACUGCGCCCUAGGGGUGUGCGGGCGAGCCGAGCUGGCUCUAAUUCGCUUUGAUCUGUAG